GGCAUCCAGGGGAAGACGUAAGAAGUGUCCGUAUAGUCAUAGCAACGACAGUGCCCUUUUAAAUGACUUCAGAAGAGUGGCCAACAUUUCUCAAAUCUGACUCCAUGUCAGGGAAAUUGCUGUAGAAUGGGCUCUGUUCCACUUAGAGACAAAAUUUCAACUCCUAUAGAAACUAUAGACUGUUUUCUAUCCAAUAAUAAUAAUAAUAUGCAUAUUGUACGAUCAAGGAUUUUGUGGGAAGCCGUUUAAAAAAUUAGCCACAUUAGCAUAAGUAGUCUAAACAGCGCCCCCAUCCCCAACAGGUUAAGCAGCUUCACCUGGAAUGCUUUUCCAACAGUCUUAAAGGAGUUCCCACAUAUGUUGAGCACUUGUUGGCUGCUUUCUCUUCACUCUGCGGUCCAACUCAUCCCAAACCAUUUCAAUUGGGUUGAGGUCGGGUGAUUGUGGAGGCCACGUCAUCUGAUGCAGCACCAUCACUCUCCUUCUUGGUCAAAUAGCCCUUGAGGUGUGUUUUGGGAGGUGUGUUUUGGGUCAUUGUCCUGUUGAAAAACAAAUGAUAGUCCCACUAAACGCAAACCAGAUGGGAUGGCAUAUCGCUGCAGAAUACUGUGGUAGCCAUGCUGAUUAAGUGUGCCUUGAAUUAUAAAUAAAUCAUAGACAGUGUCAUCAGAAAAGCACCAUCACACCUCCUCCUCUAUGCUUCACGGUGGGAACCACACAUGCGGAGAUCAUCCGUUCACCUACUCUGCGUCUCACAAAGACUCAUCAGACAAAGUACAGAUUUCCACUGGUGUCCAUUGCUCAUGUUUCUUGGCCUAAGCAAGUCUCUUCUUAUUAUUGGUGUCCUUUAUUAGUGGGUUCUUUGCAGCAAUUCGACCAUGAAGUCCUGAUUCACGCAGUCUCCUCUGAACAGUUGACGUUGAGAUGUGUCUGUUACUUGAACUCUGUGAAGCAUUUAUUUGGGCUGCAAUCUGAGGUGCAGUUAACUCUAAUGAACGUAUCCUUUGCAACAGAGGUAACUCUGGGUCUUCCUUUCCUGUGGCGGUCCUCAUGAGAGACAGUUUUGUCAUAGCGCUUGAUGGUUUUUGCGACUGCACUUAAAGAAACGUUCAAAUGUCUUGAUAUUUUCCGGAUUGACUGACCUUCAUGUCUUAAAGUAAUGAUGGACUGUCAUUUAUCUUUGGUUAUUUGAGCUGUUCUUGCCAUAAUAGGGUCUUGGUCUUUUACCAAAUAUGGCUAUCGUCUGUAUACCACCCCUACCUUGUCACCACACAACUGAUUGGCUCAAACGCAUUAAGAAGGAAAGAUAUUCCACAAAUUAACUUUUAACAAGGCACACCUGUUAAUUGAAAUGCAUUCUAGGUGACUACCUCAUGAAAAUGGUUCAGAGAAUGCCAAGAGUGUGCAAAGCUGUCAUCAAGGCUAAGGGUGGCUACUUUGAAGAAUCUCAAAUAUAAAAUAUAUUUGAAUUUGUUUAACACUGUUUUGGUUACUACAUGAUUCCAUGUGUUAUUUCAUAGUUUUGAUGUCUUCACUUUUAUUCUACAAUGUAGACAAUAGUACAAAUAAAGAAAAAUCCUUGAAUGAUUAGGUGUGUCCAACAUUUUGACUGGUACUGUAUAUAUAAUGUAUAUGAAAAUCUAUAUGAGUAACAAUAAUAUGAAUAAUAAUAAUGUUUUACCAUGAAUAAGCUGUAGUUCAUUAUAACCUACAGACUGCUAUUGAUCACUUCGAUCCUUGACUGUUAUGUGUAUUUUUUGUUAUUUAUUUUACAUGAGUAAUACAGAAGUGAAUAUUUAUUAAGAGUAACGUGUCAGGGGGGAAGGGGUAUAGACCUAUAUUAUGCAGGACUUGGUCAGUUAGUUGCCGCUCCAUUUAUUUCAGAUGGAUGUGGUUUACUAUUGCUACUUAUUUUCUUUAGGGAAAGGAUCACGUUUCUGUCAUGCACAUUUGCAUCCCUUACGUGUGUGUGUGCAAAGGUGCAUGUCUGUCUGUCUGUCUGUCUGUCUGUCUGUCUGUCUGUCUGUCUGUCUGUCUGUCUGUCUGUCUGUCUGUCUGUCUGUCUGUCUGUCUGUCUGUCUGUGUCUCUCUGUGUCUGUGUGUGGGUAUGCAUGUGUCUGUGUGUGGGUAUGCAUGUGUCUGUGUCUGUGUGUGGGUAUGCAUGUGUCUGUGUCUGUGUGUGGGUAUGCAUGUGUCUGUGUCUGUGUGUGGGUAUGCAUGUGUCUGUGUCUGUGUGUGGGUAUGCAUGUGUCUGUGUCUGUGUGUGGGUAUGCAUGUGUCUGUGUCUGUGUGUGGGUAUGCAUGUGUCUGUGGGUAUGCAUGUGUCUGUGUCUGUGUGUGGGUAUGCAUGUGUCUGUGUCUGUGUGUGGGUAUGCAUGUGUCUGUGUCUGUGUGUGGGUAUGCAUGUGUCUGUGUCUGUGUGUGGGUAUGCAUGUGUCUGUGUGUGGGUAUGCAUGUGUCUGUGUGUGGGUAUGCAUGUGUCUGUGUGUGGGUAUGCAUGUGUAUUUGUGGGUAUGCGUGUGGGUAUGCAUGUGUAUUUGUGGGUAUGCGUGUGGGUAUGCAUGUGUAUGUGUGGGUAUGCGUGUGGGUAUGCAUGUGUAUGUGUGGGUAUGCGUGUGGGUAUGCAUGUGUCUGUGUGUGGGUAUGCAUGUGUCUGUGUGUGGGUAUGCAUGUGUAUUUGUGGGUAUGCGUGUGGGUAUGCAUGUGUAUUUGUGGGUAUGCGUGUGGGUAUGCAUGUGUAUGUGUGGGUAUGCGUGUGGGUAUGCAUGUGUAUGUGUGGGUAUGCGUGUGGGUAUGCAUGUGUAUGUGUGGGUAUGCGUGUGGGUAUGCAUGUGUAUUUGUGGGUAUGCGUGUGGGUAUGCAUGUGUAUUUGUGGGUAUGCGUGUGGGUAUGCAUGUGUAUUUGUGGGUAUGCGUGUGGGUAUGCAUGUGUAUUUGUGGGUAUGCAUGUGUGUGUAUGCAUGUGGGUAUGCAUGUGUAUUUGUGGGUAUGCAUGUGUAUUUGUGGGUAUGCAUGUGGGUAUGUGUGUGGGUAUGCAUGUGUAUUUGUGGGUCUGUGUCGUCUGUGUCUGUGUCUGUGUCUGUGGGUAUGCAUGUGUAUUUGUGGGUAUGUGUGUGGGUAUGUGUGUGGGUAUGCAUGUGUAUUUGUGGGUAUGUGUGUGGGUAUGUGUGUGGGUAUGCAUGUGUAUUUGUGUGGGUAUGCAUGUGUAUUUGUGUGGGUAUGCAUGUGUAUUUGUGGGUAUGCAUGUGGGUAUGUGUGUGGGUAUGCAUGUGUAUUUGUGGGUAUGUGUCUGUGUCUGUGUCUGUGUGUGUGGGUAUGCAUGUGUAUUUGUGGGUAUGUGUGUGGGUAUGCAUGUGUAUUUGUGGGUAUGUGUGUGGGUAUGCAUGUGUAUUUGUGGGUAUGUGUGUGGGUAUGCAUGUGUAUUUGUGGGUAUGUGUGUGGGUAUGCAUGUGUAUUUGUGGGUAUGUGUGUGGGUAUGCAUGUGUAUUUGUGGGUAUGUGUGUGGGUAUGCAUGUGUAUUUGUGGGUAUGUGUGUGUACGUUCAUGCAGGCUUCUCGUAGACAUACAACUCUGAAACAGAAAUACCUCAUAAACCUUCAUUUGAAAGCAUCAGAUCUUGUUUUUCCUUUUGUGAUGAACAUUAAACACAUGAACAAUGCCUUAUCUUGGAUUGAAUGUAAUGGCAUUUAUCUGUGAAAGAGAAGGCUUUACUCAUCAAAACCUUUAUUAAUCACUUAAAGGCAGCUUCAAACUAACAGGCAAACACAGGCAAACCAUCAGAACCUGCAACAUGCAAAAGGUUUGGACCGUGGUCUGACCACCGGGUACGGUUUACGAAGGGCCCAGGGUAUCGAUCGGCAUCUAGAAAAACACUUCAGUCUUAUCAUUGCAUUGUGAUCACAUGUUUCUGUUGUGACUAGUAGCGAGCUAUCCGAUGUUUCGUGCUGGAGUCGGACGGUAGGAGGCCAAUGAAGCUAGACCUUGCAGUGCGAUACUGUAUAUAACGUUGGUGUUGACUAUAUUUAAUAAUGUUCAUGACUGUUAUCUUCUUACUUAUGGGGGAAAAAAUCUAUAAUAUUCUAUACUAUGGGUAACUGUUUUGUGGCUUCACUAGCCUGCUGGGUGGGGCUGGCUGACGUUGGACGGACGUUGGAUUGACGUUGGGGAAACAUUCAGAAGGACUAUGUGCACUACGUCUAUAUGCACUUUGAUUUAUCAGGGAAAAAUGUAUUCAUGUUUUGUAAAUGUUUCAUAUGACACUUAAACGUGCCAAUCCAGUUUUUACAUCAUUCAUCAUGGAGAAUUCUGUAUUUUAUUUAUUCAACUUCAAAUCUAUUUAUUAAUUUAUGUACAUUUUUCAUUUGACUUCUUAUCAAUUGAUUAACUAAACGAAUUGAUUGGUUUACUUCCCAGUAAUGAAGUGUUUUACCAAAGUGACUGUGAACUUGUACCUUUCGAUACAGUUUAAUUAUUUUUCUUAAGACAAUAAUAUAUCUAUAUAUUGAGGGGGGAGUACAUCUCAUUGUUUUAGUUCCUGUCAUUAUCAACUGCAAAGUUGUAUAAAUAAAAAAAUGUUUUAAAAUGCG